GACCUUUACCCUGACCUGGGGUAUCAGUGUCCACUAACACCAAAUGGACUGAUGCAACUAAGCUUCAAGCAGGUAUCUCUUUAGGUUUCACUGUUAUGUUCUUCUGAUUUUUUUUGUUCAUCAUGCUCUGUUUUCUAUACUAGAUUUUCUUUGGGCGUGUCAAACUGUUAUGAGUUCUGAAAAGGUAUGUUCUCCAUGAUUGAGUCGUCUCCUUUGCAAUAUUUGUCUACCACUUUUUGUCUUGGGAUACACUUUACACAACAACCCAAUUUAUUCUAGGGCGUAGCUGCUUAUUCUGUUGGUGAUCCCUAAGAGAUCUUCCCAACAAACAUUACCUGUUUAAUGAGAUGUUUGAACUAACAGAGCAGGUUAGAAUAUAAGGAUAGAAGCAACUCAGGGAGUGUCAUUGCUACUCAUGUGAGGAUCUCAGCAUUGCAAGAUGGCGACUGAGAAGAAAAUAAUCAGUCUUACUGUCAAGGUUGGUUUGGUGCUGUUUGCAGUAUGCAUUCUCGCGCCGGUUUCGCUCAUGGUGUUGCUCAGGCACGCGGUUCCUCUGCAGACAUUGAGGUUGCUGUUUUCAGCUGGUUCAGCAUCUUUGGUGGCUUGGGAAGAAGUAAAGAUGUACUCUGCAAACAAAGGAGCGUUUCUGUGUGAGUGUGACAUGUCGAGCCUAAGAUCAGAUGUAUGCGAGCUGAAGGGCGAUGUCCGGGUAAUCCCCUCAAACAUCACCAUCAUUGCCCUCCUCCACCCCUCUGUCUCUGAGAGUCGCCGGUCAUGGAGGAUGAAGCCGCACGCGAGGAAGAACGAUGGCCACGCGCUCGCCAGCGUCACAGAGGUGUUGGUGUCGGUCACCCCUUCAUCACCUCACGUUCCGGAAUGCAAGGCCGAGAGUGCCGCCCCCGCGGUGGUCUUCUCAGUGGGCGCCUAUGCAGGCAACAUGUUCCAUGACUUCACCGACGUACUCAUCCCGCUCUUCAUCACCGCCAGCCGGUUCCGCAGCGACGUGCACCUCCUUGUCAGCGACGCCCCACCGUGGUGGCUUGACAAGUACCGACCGCUGCUCCGGGGGCUCUCCCACCACGCUGUCAUUGACAUGGACAGGCAAAGCGCAGAGGUGCUCUGCUACCCUCAUGUGGUCGUCGGCCUCAGCUUCCACAAGGAGAUGAGUAUCGACACCGCGAAGACUGUCGGUGGGCACUACUCCAUGGCUGACUUUGCCCGCCUUGCCCGGAGAUCCUACGGCCUCGAGAGAGAUACGGCCAUCCGGCUGCUACAUGGCAGUGACAAUAUCAAGAGCCCGCGGCGCCCCAGGCUGCUCAUCAUUUCCCGGAAGACAACCAGGGCGUUCACCAACAUGGGCGCUGUUGCACAGGCGGCAGCCAUGCUUGGCUACGAGGUGAUCGUCGGCGAGGCGGAGCAGCACUCGGACCUGCCUGCCUUUGCGCGGCUGGUGAACUCGUGCGACGUGCUGGUGGGCGUGCACGGUGCUGGGCUCACCAACCUGGUGUUCCUCCCGCCGGGGGCUGUGGUGGUGCAGGUGGUGCCGCUGGGCGGGCUGGAGGCCAUGGCGAGGGACGACUUCGGGGAGCCGGCUGGAGACAUGGGGCUCGGUUACGUGCAGUACGGCAUCUCCGUCGGGGAGAGCACACUGGCGGAGCUGUACCCACGCGACCGCCGUGUGCUGAGGGACCUGGCGCUCCGGUCGGAGUACCUGGUCAGCCAGAACGUCACGCUCGAUGUCGCUCGGUUCAGUGGCGCCUUGUCCCGUGCUCUGGAGCUUCUUCACCAUUAGAAGACACUCCGCAGGGCGUAGAUUGUUUACAAGAUAAUUUGUCUAGUGUUUUACUACUGCAGUAAAAUAAAGGGUCUGGCUAAAUCUUGUGUGAGCUGUUGGAUCGCUGUCACACGGUCACAAGGCAGAUUUGAAGGCCAAUCUAGCGACUAAACUCUCUCACUCAACUAAGGAUUAGCAAUUCCAUAAGAGGAAGUGAAACGGAACACAAAUUGGAACAACCAAGGAUGAAUCAGGUAUCUCUUCAGAUUUUACUAUUGUGUCGAUUUGAAAUUUUUUGUGCACCAUGCUCUGUUCUCUGCAUAUAAUUUUAUUUUGCUAUGGGCAAUUGUUAUGAGCUGUGAAAAAGGUGUGUAAAGCGUAAUACGUUUUGAAAGAUUUCUCUGCUGUUUCUGUCGGAGGAUACACUUCAAUAUGUAACCAUGCUGUUUUCACUUUUCACUGUAAAUAAUGGAUCAUUUAAGAUUUCUGGUA